AUGAGAGCUAGUGAUCCUGUUGGUGGUUGCUACAGAUACAUUCAAGACCUUCAAGCCAAUAUUGAAUAUUACAGGGCUGAGCUUGAGCUUGUCCUUCAACAACUCGCCAUUUUCAGGUCACAAGCUCAACAACAACAACACCAUGUUUAUGGAACAAGUACCAUCAUGGCACAUGAGAACAAUGAAAAUAACAUCAAUAACAACAACACCCCUUUGCAAGAACAUGUUAAUACCUGGGCCAUGCAGAACUCCAUGUCCCUUUCAUCCUUGUCAUUGCAGGGUCAAAAUAGUAAUGCAAGUGAUGAAUAUGAUCAUAAGCCAAUGCUUGAUAUACCUUCUGAUGAAAGAAGUGAGUUAGGAUUCGAGUCUGAAGAACUAAUCCACCGCAGGUAG